AUGGCAUCCUCAUUAGACGCCCAUACGGCAACUCGAGCUUCGUCUCUCUCGAGCCAGACUUAUCGCGACAACACCGAGUCCGCAUCUGCCGUAGCAAAAGAUACAGCAAUCUCAAACAGCGACACAAACAAUGAUACACCUUCAUCUCUUUACGAUGAAAAGAACGAACGGAAAUCAGUCGACAAGGAUGAAUCAUCCCCCACUGAGUUGGGUGCAGAACAACUAAGUGGCGAGACAGAAUACCCCAAAGCUGGCAAACUCAUCUUCAUUGUCGUCUCUUUGGUACUAUCCAUGUUCCUGAUCGCUCUGGACAUGACCAUCGUCGCAACAGCCAUCCCGCAAAUCACAGAUGACUUCAACUCUCUCGACCAAGUAGCCUGGUACGGGUCCGCAUUCUUCUUGACGCUGGCCGCAUUUCAGUCUACAUCUGGCAAAGUGUACAAAUUCUUUCCUUUGAAGACGUCGUUUCUGCUGUUCAUUUUUGUGUUUGAGAUUGGCUCUUUGCUUUGUGCGGUGGCUCCGAAUAGUACUGCUUUCAUCGUUGGGCGUGCCAUUGCGGGUAUUGGUGGUGCUGGAAUUUCUAGUGGUGUUUACAUUAUUAUCGCGUUCUCGGCGCCGCCGAGCCAGAGACCGGCGCUGACUGGUGUUUUGGGAGCUACGUUUUCUGUCGCUAGCGUUGUUGGUCCUCUGCUUGGUGGUGUUUUCACCAGUGAUGUGACAUGGAGGUGGUGUUUCUACAUCAAUCUCCCCAUCGGAGGUCUCAGUGCGGCUAUUAUUCUCUUCUUCUUCCAGACUCCUUCCACAGCAAAACCAGUCGACGCCCCUCUUAAGGAGAAGCUACUCCAGAUGGACCCUCUCGGAACAACCCUCAUCAUUGGCGCUACCAUCUGCUACCUUCUCGCUAUGCAAUGGGCCGGUGUAUCCAAGGCAUGGAGUGACUCUGAGGUUGUCGGUCUUUUGGUCGGAUUCGGUCUAAUGGUCAUCGCAUUCAUCUUUGUCCAGGUCUACUCUGGAGAACGCGCUUUGGUCCCUAGGCGUAUCAUCAAAGAUCGCACCAUCGCCCUCGGUUGCGCAUACGUGUUGUUUGUUAUUGGACCCAUGUUCAUCAUGAUUUACUACCUGCCCAUCUAUUUCCAAUCCAUCAAGGACGUCUCGGCUUCCCAGUCCGGUGUGCGCAACGUCCCCUUUAUUCUGUCUAGCAGUUUGGGCGCCAUCAUGUCUGGACUUUUGAUUACCGCCUUCGGUCAAUACGGCUAUCUCAUGAUUCUUGCCGUAGUCAUCGAGACCAUCGGCGCAGGUCUUAUCUACACUUUCGAUAUUGGCACCGGUCACAGCAAAUGGAUCGGUUACCAAGUCAUCUGCGGCUUUGGCGCCGGCCUCGGCAGCCAAAUCGCCAUCAUCGUCAACCAAGCCCUCGUCGACUCUUCGGAUGUCUCGAACGUUACCGCCGUCACGCUCUUCUUCCAGACCAUCGGUGGCGCGCUCUGGAUCUCUGGUGCUCAGGCCGGUUUCACAAAUACGUUGAUGAAGAAAUUGCCCAUCUAUGCUCCCGACGUGAACCCCGCACUUGUGGUCGCCACUGGAGCCACGGAUUUGCGUAAAGUCUUUACUGCAGACCAACUACCGGGAAUUUUAUUAGCUUACAUGGACGGUCUCAAAGUCGCGUUCAUUUUUGCAAUUGCGCUGGGAGGCUUCUGUUGCAUUAUUUCGGUGUUUCCGAAGUGGAAGAGUCUCAAGGGCAAGGUGCAGCCUGGCAUGGCUUAG